AGAGAGAAUAUAGCAAUGUCUAGGGUUUUGAUUGGAUUGAUGAGCAUAUUCGCCGUUGUUUUUAGCUCUGUAUUUCCCUGUGCUCAAGCUCAGGCUAUGGUUCCUGCUCCGUCUCCUGCUAGCGAUGGAACUUCAAUUGACCAAGGGAUUGCAUAUGUGCUGAUGCUGGUGGCUUUAGUGCUUACGUAUCUGAUCCACACCCAUUUUUAAUUUUAAUUUAGAAUAGUUGAUAUUUGUGAAUUGUGAUGGGUAGUGUGUGAAGAAUUUGAGGUUACAAGUCGUUGGAAUUAAUUGUCUUAUUAUUUCAUGUUUAAAAUUCAAAUUCUUUCUCCGUA